AUGUCGAUAGCUAGUGAAGAGCUCAAUUACCUUAUUUGGAGGUAUUUACAAGAAGCCGGACAUGAAGUUUCAGCACUUGCAUUGCAAGAAGAAACUCGAGUUCUUGAGUUUGAAGAACGGUUCAAAGAGCAUAUACCUCUGGGAUGUUUGGUACAACUUGUUCAGAAGGGUAUACUAUACACUGAAAGUGAGUUUCUAGUGCCACCGAACGGCGAGAUGGUUCCUGUAGAUCAGGAAUUGUACAAACGAAACUUUACAUUAGUUCAAGCUUUGGAAGUCGACAAGCAAAAGUUCCCCGAGAUUGCAGCACGGGGUAGAUUUGCACUUGAGAAUGACGUUGAAGCUGAGAUGCUCGAGAAGAAGGAACAAGAACAGGCUGCAGCCAUGGCAGCGGACAGCCCUUCGGGAACACAAUCAGCAUCAUCAAGAUUUAUCAAAACACUCUCGGACCAUUUAACUUUAUCACAGAGUUUCACUUCGCAAUGGAACCCAAAAUACGGUAUUUUACUAGUAUGGGGAGGUGCUCAAUCUCAGGCACGGAUAGGGUCCAUUGAUAUAGUUACAGAUAAAGAGUCCUGGUCAAUUAAGGAUCCAAUAGAUCUUGUAUACCCUAAACGUUCCGAGGAAGAACCAAUAAUAUCUGUUUCGUGGUCUCCUGACGGUGAGUUAGUGUUAACAGGUACCACAUCUGGGGAAUUGAGGCUAUGGAAUAAACAGGGAAAACUAAAAAACAUCUUGGAUAGUCAUAGGUCCCCGAUUGUUGCUAUGAAGUGGAACCAAGAUUGCACCCAUUUGUUAACAACGGAUGUAUCCAACGUGGUAAUUCUAUGGAGUACCCUAACGGGCACCCAAUUACAACAUUUCUCAUUUAAAGAAGGCGACAUUGAAAAUGAAGACUCGUUAGGUAUUGAUUUGGAAUGGGUCGAAACAGAUAAAUUUGUCAUUCCAGGCCCAGGUGGAAGUUUACUCGUGUAUACUAUCGGAAAUAACAAACCAUUAGGAAGACUACUGGGACACACAUCAACAAUCACAACUUUAGAAUUCAACAAAUCCAACAAAUCGUUGCUCAGUGCUUCAGACGACAAUACGAUCAAAGUAUGGAGGGGUGGGAACUCUAGUGCUGCAAACGAUUUCACAGAUCACACGAAGACCAUUUCAUCAGCACAUUGGAUCAACGAUGAUUUAAUAAUAAGUACGGCGUACGAUGGCACAGUGAAGGUAUGGUCGAUAUCUAAGAAUUCCAUAGUGGCAGAGGCAUCUCUUGAUUCAGAACCGAUAUUCGAAGCUAGUCUUUCACCUGAUAGAAACUGGCUGACUGUGGGGACUUUACAAGGAUCUGCCAUAGUGUUUGACGUGAAGACGUUCCUUGAAUCGUACGACCAGAAUUCUGUACAGCAACAAUCGGUACCCAUCUCUACGUAUGGAGAAUAUCAAAUAGAUCAAGACGGACUUCAAGUAACCAACAUAGCCUGGAACAACGAGAGCACUGCUUUUGCUGUUUCAUACAUCAACGGGAAUACUAGACUCUUAUCGUUAUGA